AAUCCCAUGGAGGAGGGCGGGGGGCGGGGGGAGAGAGGCAGAGUGAGCGCGGCUUGCAGGCAGAGCCCACCAGCGCUCGCGGGAGAGAAGGAGCCGGGCUUGCAGGAAGCCGGCCGCCGUGGGACCCCGCAGCCCGCCCGCGCCUCUGGAAGAUGCUUCCUCCGCCCCGGGCUCUCCAAGGGGAUCCCUGACUCCCUGCCCCGCCAAGCCAAGGGCUCUUCGACACGCACGUGUGUGCGGGUCCGGCUCCUGCCCCGCCGCCGCCCGCUCGCUCCUGCGCGGAGAGCCCGCCCCGCCUAUGGGGCUCUCCCCCGGAGCCCUUCGGCCGCCAGCUCCCGCAUGAAGCCCGCAGCGGCGCAGGGGGAGAGCGCGAGGAGGCCCCGGAGCGCCGCAGCCCACCUGCCCAUGGAGGCUGGGAGCGAGUCCUAGCCGGCCCUUCACCGCCCCCCUCCCCGCCCCGCGGACCCCGCAACAUGCUGCCUGGCGCCGCGCCAGCGGGCACCCGCACCUCCGCUCCACGGCUGCUUCCCACCGGUGACAUCCCUCCGAAGAGGAUCGCUCGGACACUUUGAGCGCGCAAGAGAGGAAAGAUUGCAAGACCCCCCUCCCCCCCUUCUCCCUCCCCACCAAAAAAGGGGGGAGAAAGAAAAAAAGGGGGGAGAAAAAAGCUUGUGGAUCUCAGUGGGAAGCAUCCGUGCAGGUAGCUCCACUGCUGUGUUCAUCCUUUCCCCCCAGCCUUAGCCAAAAGAAAGAAAGAAGGCAACUAUCACAGGGUUACUAUGCAAUUGCGACUGAUCUCUUGGUUCCUGAUCACUUUGAACUUUAUGGAAUACAUUGGCAGCCAGCACGCCUCCAGGGUACGGCGACAGGGAAGAAUGCAUCCUAAUGUGAGCCAGGGUUGCCAAGGUGGGUGUGCAACAUGUUCUGACUACAAUGGAUGCUUGUCAUGUAAACCCAGACUCUUUUUUGUUCUGGAGAGGAUCGGCAUGAAACAGAUUGGGGUGUGCCUUUCUUCAUGUCCAAGUGGAUACUACGGAACACGGUAUCCUGACAUAAAUAAGUGUACAAAAUGUAAAGCUGAUUGUGAAACCUGCUUCACCAGAAAUUUCUGCACAAAGUGCAAAAGUGGGUUUUACUUAUACAGUGGAAAGUGCCUUGAAAAUUGCCCUGAAGGGCUGGAAACCAACAAUCACACAAUGGAGUGCACCAGUAUUGUGCACUGUGAAGCUAGUGAGUGGAGCCCGUGGAGCCCUUGCACAAAGAAAGGAAAAACGUGUGGUUUCAAAAGAGGAAAUGAAGUGAGGGUCAGAGAAAUCGUACAGCAGCCUUCAGCAAGGGGCAAUCCAUGCCCCACUACAAGCGAAAGCAGAAAAUGUAUUGUACAGAGAAAAAGAUGUCAGAAGGAAGGAAAAGGUCCUGCAGCUACACGCAGAGGAGAGGCUGCAGUUGGCAACUGGGAUGUGGCCUUAGGGUCACUGCUGCCCACAGCUGGGGCCCUGCAGAUACACCAGAUCACCAGAGGCAGACCCAGGACCACACCAUCCUCCUGGACCAGAUGGUGAUGGCAUCGGGGGAUCACCUGGUGGACGCAUGGGCCUGCUGGGUGGAAGACAUAGUCCACGAGGACACAGAGGACCAGGUGGACUGGGCACUCUGGGUGCAGCUCCUGACCCUGGAGCACAAGUGGGUGGAGGCCCUGUGGGAGCAGACCGUAGUCCUGGCCAGGGAAGCGCAGGUCACAGACAGUGACUGCCAGGUGCUGGACAUCAUCCUAGCCCUGGCAGUCGCCUUCAUACUGCCCACUGUCUGGCCCCUGACCCUAGACUUGCCUGUCCCCUAGCAACCACCCGCUGCCCAGCAGCAGGCCCCCAUAUGGGCCUGGGAGGAGGUCCUGUGCUGCCUCUACCAGCCAGGAGCUGCUGGACUGGCCCCCAUCCCAGGUCUCCUGCCACCUAGCUCUCCUGCCUGGGCCCAGGCCCACCACUUGCCUUGGCUCCACGACAGCCCUGCUGGCCCUGGACACUGAAUGCCAGAGGGGGAGCUGCCUACACCAGGGGACCACCGGCUGUCAUUCCCCUUGGAUGAGCCCCCGACCCACUGGGAUCACUGUGGCAUGCACAACCAUGGGGGAACAGUCAGAGACUGGGGUGCUGGCUGUCUGUCCCUGGACUCUGCCUUCUAGGCACCCCCAACCCACCGACCCCUGCCCCGCCCCCCCAUGCCAGGAUGGCACACAAAGCACUUUGUAAAUAGUUUGCACGGGGGGGGGUGUUUUAUUGUGGGUCAGUCAGGGGGAGAUCUGUUAUUGGUGAGGAGAUAGGAGCGCUAUUUGUUGGGGAGAAGGGGUCUGUUUGAUGUAAGGAGAAUAAAAACUUGUUAUUCUGAGAAGUGUCUGCAGUGAGUGUGGUGCUGAGAAUGGCCAGAGGAGGAUGGGGGGUCAGUGGGCAGCGGUCCAGACAGGCUACAGGAGGGAGUAGGGGAGGAGGUAGUCAGCCAGCUCCUCUCAUACCUGGUGCCCUAGAGCCCUAGUGCCCUGGCCCCCAAUGGCAGCUGUGUACUUCACCUGGCAGCUCAGCAGGGGUGGGCAUUGCUGUUGCUGUCGCUGCAGGUGGUGCUUCCACUGCCAGGCAUUAGCUGUCCCUGGCUGCCAGAUGUCUCAUCUACCCAGGCCUCAUAGAAGAGCUUCCCUCAGGCCUCACAGAUGUGAUGCAACACACAGGCUUCACGAUUUAUCCAAGGGAAGUUGUCCUCCGUGAACACAAGCUGGGCAGUGAGUGUGUGCCAGCACCCUUGAGGUGGCUGAAAUCACACUCCAUCAGGGUACAGGUCUGGCCCAGGCACUAGUAAAACUGGGCCUGGUGCUGGUCCCACUGGAUGGUGUAGGGCUGCAUGAUCCAGGGCAGGAGGGGGUAGGCAGGGUCCCCAAUAAGGAGGGACAGGAACACCAUGGCACCCAGCUGCAGGUCUGCCACCCCCAGCACAAAGCAGCCACUCUGCACCAGGGCUGGCAAGGUGGAGUUGCAGAACAUGUGGGCAUCAUGGGGCAUGCCAGCAGGACCAGCCAGCACUCAUGUGCAUGAAGGUGCCACAUGUGGUGGAGCACAACCAAGUGAAAGGCCCUCCAGUAAGGGCAGUAGCCAUAGGGCAGUUAGGUGAUGGGGAUGUAGGUCCUGUCUAAGGCCCUGAUGCACUGGAGGAACCCCACCACUACCACCAUGGGGUCAUACACUCAAAGCACCAUGUGCCCCAGCACAUCCUCUAGGGCUCUGUACACCACUAAGAUGGCCUUCCUGGCAGUGGUCUUACACACCCCAAAAAGAUGGCCCACAAAAAUGGAGGUUGGCAGGUAUGAUAAGUUUGAUCAGGGCAAGAGCCAGCCAGAUGUCUCCGGGGAUGGGGUAGAACUGUGUGGCUGGAGUUGUUCCAGGAGGUCCUGAAGGUGGUUUGGGUCAUCCGAACACCUCCAGCCACUGCUCAUCAUCUCAGGUAUGCUGGACAAUGUGCAGCCACCAGUUCUGAGUGACCCAGAAAGCCCAGAGGUGGUGGGGCUGGAGGCCCAGGAGAGCAAGGGCAGCCCUGGCAGUGGCAUCCAGCAGCCUUCCCUGCCAGAGUCUGGCCAUCCAGAUGAGGUCCAAACAGCAGCUGCACAGUGGUGGCAGCCCUGGGUUGGCAUGCUGUGGCUGGGCAGACAGUCACUGCAUGUGGGGGAGCCAGGAGGGCCCAGAUGGCCAUGGGCCAGGCAGCAGUUGGUGCAGCAGGCCAGCAGGGCCAGCGCUGCAGUCAGCAGGAUCCUAGGACACUGGUCAUCACUGCCAGGGGCAGGGACUGGAGCAGCCAUAAUUCAGAGGCAGAGGCAGCAAGGAGAGAGCUGCCGCAUGCUGCCCCUGCACUGUGCGUGGUUCUCCUGGCCAGGGAAGUGGCUGGCUAGGGAGCAGAGAGCAGGGCUGGUUUUUCAAGAGGGCUGCUGAGGGCUUUUCAAGAGAAGCCAACAAUCACUAUGUGGAUGCUGCCACUGGUGUCAUCUACAAGCUCCAAGGGCUCCAACCCUGCUGCCUGUGGGCCUGCCUGGCCAGCCAGGACUAGUGGUUGCACAUUGCCCAGAGCACCUGGGAUGACGAGCAGUGGCUGGAGUCCUUUCAGAUGACCCAGGCUACCUUCCAGGAGCUCCUUGAUCAACUUCGCCUGCACCUGAAGUGUCAGGCCACCACCAUGAAGCUGCCCAACCCCACGGAGACCUGGAUGGCUAUUGCUGUGCUCAAGCUGUCCAUGCCUGCCAGCCUAUGCUACAUCAGCCACCUCUUUGCUGUGGACAAGGCAACUGCCAGGGAGGCCAUCCUGGAGGUCUGCAGUGCUCUUCAGGACAUGCUGGAGCACACCGUGCUCCAGGUGCAUGACCACCUAGAAGUGGUGGUGGAGUUCCAUGCCCUGGGCUUUCCCCAGUGCAUCAGAGCCCUGGAUGGGACCCACAUCCCAGUAAUCUGCCCACCCUGCAGCAACUGCCCCUACUACAGCUGACUGACUUUUACUCCAUUGUGCUGCAGACCAUUGUUGACCACCACAUGCACCAGCUGGGCAGGCAGAAUUCAAUGUUCACGUCUUCUGCAACUCCACCCUGCAGGGCAGCCCUGGUGGAGAGCAGGCACUUCACAACAGGGGUGCUGAGCCUCCAGCUGGGCUAGGUGACAGUCCCACCUCCUCCCACAUUUCAACAGAUGCCUGGGCAAGACCCAUGAAUUGGUGGAGCAUACCUUCAGCCGGCUGAAGGAACACUGGCACACCCUUUCUACCUGCUUCAAGGUCACAGGAGCCAACAGCCCCCAGGUCGUCAUUGCAGCCUGCAUGCUGUAUAACAUUUAUGAGGCCAGGAGGGAGCUCUUCUGUGAGGCAUGGGUGAAGGAGACGCAGUGGGUGGACAAUGCCUAGUGCUGAGAGCACCAGCUGUGGCACCAGAAACAGCAACGGGGCCUCCACCACGAGGCCCUGGGAAAGCCACACACCUGGCAGCAGGGGCCAGAGCACUGGGUGUGAGAGGUGCUGGCAGACCACCUGCUCCUGCACUCUUUGCUGUAGGUCACCUGGAUGACUGGCCAUGGACCCCAGCCCCACCAUGCAUCCCCAUCAUCACCCUCAUUUCAGUUUUCUCGAAAGCACUUUAUUCCCCAUCCACAAGCACAGACCCCAUCCCCCCUGUCUCUCCCUCCUUCCCCAACAACAGACCCCCUCCCACCCAAACCAUAGAACCCCUCCUCCCGACCCACAGGGCCCCUCCAACAACCAUCCCACCCAACACCAAAACAGUACCCUCUUCCCACUCUAGACUAUGUACAGUGUGCUCUGUGUGUCCUCCUGGAAUUGGGGAUAAAGAGGUGGGGGUGCCUAUGAGGCAGAGCCCAGGGUCAGGUUCCCAGCACUCUGACCUACCUGCACCACCGUGUUUGUGCAUACUGUGGUGAGGCUGGCAGGCAGGGAGCUUACUUGGGGGUGAGGUCAGCUGCUGCUCUGCCAUUGCGGCUGGUUCCCCAUCCUGUGGCCAGUGGCCAGGACCAGCAGGGCCCAUAUGUGGUGCUGGUCCCACUGCCUGAAGCUCCUGCUCCAAGGCCACAUGGAGCCAGGGUGAGUACCAGGGGUUGGACCAUGUGGGCAGAGGGCAGCUGGUAGGGGACCUGGGGAAGGUGCAAGGACAGGGGAACCUGGCCUCUGGAGGCACCGCUGCACCUCAGCCCAAGCCCACUGGGGAGGUUUGUGGCUGGGUGGUGGGUGGCUGCCAGGGGGCAGGUGGGGCUAGAGCUGGGGGUAUGGCAGCAGGCAGGAUGAAAGCAAUUGCCACAGGCCAGUACCGUGUCCAGCACCCAGAGGUCCUCCAUGGCCUCCGCUGCCCUGGCCACCAUGGCAGCCUGCUGCUCCUGGGCCUCCACCAUCUUCUUGAUGGUGAUAUACGCCCCAAGGCGUGCCUCUCCUCAAGGGCCAGAAGCCUGUCCCAGAACACCCAGUCUGCCUGCUCCCUCUCCCGCUUGCAUGUGACCCUCUCCCACUCACACACAAGGUCCUCUGCAUGCCAGGCCUGUGAGUCCCCAGAUGCUCCUCUGCCAUGGUGACUAGCCAGCCCAGCAGCAAGGUUUGGUCUUGAGUCUGCUACUGCUGGGGACGACACGUAUAGAAGGCCCUGACCGAGGCUGGCAGCGACUGUGAUGGUGCAUCCCCACACACAUCUGGUUCCUCUCCCCUGCAUGCAAUUGCUGGACCUGCAGAGCCAGGAGAAAGAGGAUGUUUGCAACAUUUCUGAGACAGGGGCUGUGAGCUGUCUGGCCUCAGAUCAGGACUCGUGCAUGCACAGGUGCCCAGGGACCAAGGUAA